GCAUAUUUCACCGCGUUGCGGCACCGCAACGCUAAAAUCGGCAGUUUGCGUUGUGGCGUCGCGAAAAAGAGCGUUUUAUUAUCUGGUAGGGUAACCAGUUCCUCGUGGGUUUUGAUUGUGGAUAGACGUGUCUGUCUGCCAUGGAGCGUCGUAAGAAACUUAUUGCUUAUUUGUUAUUAAGAAGACAUUACUCUGUUUUAAAUAAACGACAACGAAGAUACUGGAUACAUCCAUUUAACAAGGCUAUAAAUCCCGAUGGCGAGUACUUUUGUCGAAAAUACGAAGCAUUAAAGAUAGACGAAAAAAAGUUUUUCGCCUACUUUAGAAUGAGUGUAUCAUCAUUUGAAGAGCUAUUAAGCGGGUUAUCAGAAUAUAUACAGAAUAAAAAUAUUAAAGGAAGAAAACCUGUUACUGCUUUGGAAAUGCUGGGCUUGACAGUAAGAUUUCUAGCAACCGGCAGUGACUUCAAAAUCAUGCAUAAAAAUUACUACCGAGGAGCAAGUACAAUAUCGAAAAUUGUGAGGACUGUUUGUCGCGCCAUAUGGAAACAUCUAUCCAGUCAAAAUAUACCUCCUAUAACGAAACAGCUUCUAGAAGAUGUCGCUAUUGAGUUUGACAAGAAAGUGAAUUUUCCUAACUGCAUAGGAGCUCUCGAUGGUAAACAUGUCCGUAUUUGGUGUCCUGCGCGCAGUGGAUCACUAUUUUACAAUUACAAGGGCUAUAAUUCAAUAGUUUUAUUAGCUCUUGUCGAUUCAAGAUAUAGAUUCAUUUUUGUCGAUAUAGGAGCAUAUGGGAAGGAAUGUGACUCCACCGUUUUCCAGAACUCGAAACUUUAUGAUUUGAUUAUGACACAUAAACUACCUAUUCCAGCACCAAAGCCCUUACCAGGUAAUCAAAAUGCAACUCCAUUUGUUUUUGUGGCAGAUGAAGCAUUCGCAAUCUCGAAUAACGUCAUGCGCCCUUACUCAGGGAAGCAUUUGUCGGUACAACAAAGAAUAUUCAAUUAUCGGUUGAGUCGUGCCCGAAGAUAUGUGGAGUGCGCUUUCGGCAUCCUAGCCAAUAAAUGGCGCAUAUUACACCGAGCUAUGAAUAUGCAAUAUGAAUUUGCUACAGACAUUAUUAAGGCAUGUUGUGUACUACACAACUUUGUUUUGAAUCGAGAUGGAGUACAAGCGGCUGAUGAGAUUAUCAUUAAUGAUUCUGAUGUUCAAAUGUUACAUUCGCCGACAACUAAUGAAAGUAGUAUGAGCCCACAUUUAAUAAGAAAUACAUAUUGUAAUUACUUUUCUAGUGAUGUGGGUACCCUUAGUUGGCAGACAUUUUAAAUUGCUUCUGGGUUGACGCGUGUUGUUUGUAAGAGUGACAGAAACAAACUGAAUCAUUGUCAACAAGUAUAACGUCUAACGCUGGAAUAUGCGACGCGGCGCGGCGCCGCGCCGCUAAUAAAUAAAAAAUAAAAAUAAAAAUAAAAAUUGUUUAUUUCAGACAUGUGUCCAUAUAAGUAUUAGUAAAACUUAAAAAAUAAAAAUAAAAAUAAACUUAAAAAGACUAGGUUAGUUAAUUUACAUAAGUACUAAGUAUAAUGAGAACAAAAAUUCGUGAAAUAAUUCCAUUGGCAGAAGCAAGCAGUGAAAAUAAUUUAUUCACUACUUGGUUCUACCAAUGACCACAUCAACCCAGUACUUUGUUAGCGGGCAGUCCAGGCGCUCCGCCAACACCCUCAGCAUACAGUUGCUGCUGCCACGCACUCGCUUGAGCAUCGAGGCAAUUCUUUUCCGCCUUAUGGCGAAAAAGUCAUCCGCCCGUGCCUCGGCAAACAUGCCUGAUGCACUGCAGUGCUUUGGCAGCCUCAGCAGCAUCCUGAGGAUGUUGUUGUACUGCACCCUUAAUGUGUUAUAGGACCUCUGAGUAAAGCUUACCCACAGGCUGCACGUGUAAAAAGUUUGACAAUAUGCUUUAAAAAGUGUCAACUUGACUUGAUUGUUACAACGUGCAAACCUGCGGGCAAGCAUAUUGCCCCUCACUGCCAACGCCCUUCUUUCCCUCUCCAGAUCGCAAUCGUCAUUCAGUUCCUCAGUUAGCAUGUGGCCCAAAUACUUAAACUGUUUUGCUAUUUUAAGAGGCUCGCCCCCCAGCAUGAUCUUUGGCAGGGUGUUUGGGUUAUAUUUUUUCGCCUUAAAUAUAAGUACCUCACUUUUACUCGCAUUAUAUUUAAGACCAUGCUGUAGAGCGUAGCCUUCACAUACUCUGAGUAAUAUUCGGAUGGAGUCGACCGACGGUCCCAACAGGACCAUGUCGUCUGCAUAACUUAUGUUAUUGAAACAGAUAUCACCUAUAUGACAGCCGACAUGUGUCCUGCUGAGCCGUUCGAUCAGCUCAUUCACAUAUAGGCUAAAUAGGCCGGGGGAUGACAGCCCCCCCUGCCUUACACCACAAUUCAGCCUAUACAUAUCUGAGUCAACCCCUGCCCAUCUGACGCGAUUGACCUGGCUGUUGUACCAAUAUUUUAAUAAAGCCACGCACUCCCUAGGAAGAUUGGUUUUUUGCAGCUUGUCCCAUAGUAUAUCGUACACAACCAGGUCAAACGCUUUGGACAAGUCCAGAAAACACGCAUAAAUUGGGGUGUUC